UUAAAAUCCUUUUCAUAGUUUCUUAAAAUAAAGUAUUUGUCAAUUUUAGAAAUCUGCUCUUUAAUUGUUUCCUAAAUUAUGGCGUAUACUCUUAAAAAUAUCUGAUUGGGUAGUCUGAUCAAACAGAGAAACGCGCAUGCGCGCAAAGGCUGGUUCCUUUGGCGGAAGGUUCGUGUGUUUAACCCGCAGAGCAGACCACGUGGAUUUGUUAGUAGUAGUUGUCUGCAGUGGUCAACAUCGUCACAUAUCGGGGUCCCAUCAGCUAUCUAACAGAGGGAUUACUCGAGGAACCUGGUCAUGCCUGUCAUACGUUUCUACAGGAAGGAGGAUGCAGUGGACGGUCGGGUCAUACGCAGGAUCACGCAACUCUUUCCAGAGGUCACCAUCACAACUGAGCUUUGUUAUAAUGUGGAACUAAAUGGGUCCAACUGUUUAAGUGUGGAACAGAAAGAUGUUCUUCGCUGGUUGUUCACUCCCCCUUAUUCUGCUAGCCUUUUAGAGGAGACCAGUCUAAAGCCAGUGGAUGGGGCAAAACUGGUGGAGAUUGGACCCAGGUUGAACUUCUCAACUGCUUGGUCCACAAAUGCUGUGUCCAUUUGCCAAAGUGCAGGCCUGAACCAGGUGACCAGAGUAGAGCUCUCCCACAGGCAUCUCAUCAAGUCACAGAAAGGACACAAUAGUGUACUGAAGGAUGGAGAUAUGGAGAGACUGAUUUGCUGCUUGUAUGACAGUAUGACCCAGUGUGUUUACCCUCAUCCAAUCACAUCGUUUGCUGUUGAUGUUCGACCACAGGAAGUGUUUGAGGUGGACAUUCUAGGAAAGGGUCGUGCUGCCUUGGAGAUGGCCAAUGAUGAACUCGGGUUGGCGUUUGACUCAUGGGAUCUUGACUACUACACUGCUCUUUUCCAAAGGGUGAAAAGAAACCCCACCAGUGUUGAAUGCUUUGAUCUGGCUCAGUCCAACAGCGAGCACAGCCGCCACUGGUUCUUCCGAGGGCGCAUGAUCAUUGAUGGAGAGGAGCAGAAGGAGACCCUCUUCAGUCUUAUUAUGGGCACUCAGCACCAUAGCAACCAGAACAACGUCAUCAAAUUCUGUGACAAUAGCAGUGGUAUCAAAGGUAUGGAGCUGGAGUGUAUGUACCCCACAAACCCUGCGCAGGCCAGUCAGUACGAAACCAGACGGACCACCAGACACGUCAUUUUUACAGCUGAGACUCAUAACUUCCCCACAGGUGUUGCUCCAUUUAGCGGAGCUACCACAGGUACCGGCGGGCGAAUCAGAGACGUGCAGAGCGCUGGUAAAGGUGGUCAUGUGAUCGCAGGGACUGCUGGGUACUGUUUUGGCAACCUCCACAUCCCAGGGUUUGUGCUUCCUUGGGAAGAGGAGGGGUGGGAGUAUCCCUCCAGCUUUGCUCCUCCACUUCAGGUGGCUAUAGAGGCAAGUGAUGGAGCCUCGGAUUAUGGCAAUAAGUUUGGGGAGCCGGUCCUUGCAGGCUUUGCUCGUUCUUUUGGAAUGCGAUUGGCUAAUGGUGAACGACGGGAGUGGAUCAAGCCAAUCAUGUUCAGUGGAGGGUUGGGCUCUAUCGAGGACCAGCAUGUGAAGAAAGAGCAAGCUGAGUCGGGCAUGGAGGUGGUGAAAAUUGGAGGCCCAGUGUACAGAAUUGGUGUUGGUGGAGGUGCUGCCUCUUCCAUACAGGUUCAGGGUGACAACUCAAGUGCCCGAGAUCUAGGGGCUGUUCAGAGAGGAGAUGCUGAAAUGGAGCAGAAGAUGAAUCGGGCUCUAAGGGCCUGCCUGGAGAGAGCGGAAGGAAACCCAAUCUGCAGCAUACAUGAUCAGGGAGCUGGGGGCAAUGGAAAUGUUUUAAAAGAGUUAAGUGAGCCUGCUGGUGCAGUUAUCUAUACCAGCAAGUUUAAGAAAGGUGACCCUACCCUUAGUGUUUUAGAGCUGUGGGGGGCAGAAUAUCAAGAGAGUAAUGCACUUUUACUCCGCCCCUCUGACCGAAGCUUUCUUGAGAGGGUGUGUCAAAGAGAAAAGUGCCCUGUUGACUUUGUGGGCAAAAUCACUGGUGAUGGAAAGAUUGUGCUGGUGGAUGACCUGCAUAAAGAAGCCAAUGGGCUUGAUGGUGGGCGCAAUCCUGUGGAUCUGGAGUUGGAUUGGGUGUUGGGCAAGAUGCCACAAAAGGAGUUCAAGUCGGAUCGCAUGGCCGUCUCUCUGCAGCCUCUCUCUCUCCCAGUUGGUCUCUCUGUUCUUCCAGCUCUGGAGAGAGUCCUCCGACUGCCUGCAGUAGCCAGCAAACGCUACCUCACCAACAAGGUGGAUCGAUCUGUGACGGGUCUGGUUGCCCAGCAACAGUGUGUGGGUCCUCUGCACACGCCGCUUGCUGAUGUAGCUGUUGUUGCUCUGUCUGCGUUCAGCCUCCAGGGUGCAGCCACAGCAAUAGGCGAGCAACCAAUCAAAGGGCUCCUGUCACCAGCAGCCGGGGCUCGCAUGGCUGUAGGAGAAGCUCUUACAAAUUUGGUGUUUGCAAGAGUAUCUGCUCUUAAGGAUGUGAAAUGCAGUGGAAAUUGGAUGUGGGCUGCUAAGCUGCCAGGAGAGGGGGCGUGUCUGUGGGAGGCUUGUCAGGCCAUGUGUGAGGUCAUGGGUCAGCUGGGCGUGGCUGUGGAUGGGGGAAAAGAUUCGCUUAGCAUGGCUGCACGUGUCAGUGGAGAAACUGUUAAAGCCCCAGGCUCCCUGGUUAUCUCUGUGUAUGCUGUGUGUCCUGACAUAACAGCCACUGUGACCCCUGACCUAGACAACCCUGAUGGCAAAGGUGUUUUACUGUAUGUUCCUAUAAGCUCGGGUAAAUACAGGUUGGGUGGCUCUGCUUUAGCACAGUGUUAUGGGCAGCUUGGAGAUUGCAGUCCAGACCUGGAUCAGCCAGACAAGCUUUCUGCUUGCUUCAAUAUCACCCAGACACUGAUUCAGGAUCGACUGCUGACUGCAGGACAUGAUGUCAGUGAUGGAGGACUUAUUUCCUGUCUGCUGGAGAUGGCAUUUGCAGGAAAUCAUGGGAUAGAGGUGGAUUUGCCUUUAGAAGGUGUUCAAGUGAUGGAGGUUCUGUUUUCUGAGGAGCUGGGUUUGGUUUUGGAGGUGUGUGAGAGUAAUGCAUCAAGUGUCUGUCAAAGAUACGCAGAAGCUGGACUGCUCUGUCACAGGAUUGGCACAACCAGUGGUUUUGGACCUGAUGCUAUGGUCAGAGUGAGUCUGCGUGGACAGGAAGUGCUAAAUGAGCGUCUACCCACGCUUAGGGCAUUAUGGGAAAGCACAAGCUUUCAGCUGGAGCGACUUCAGGCUAAUCCGCUUUGUGUCCAAGAGGAAGAAGAAGGGCUUGUUUCUCGCACCCAGCCUUACAUCAAACUCACCUUUGACCCCUCCCAAACACCCAUCAUUAAAGAUCCAGUUUCAGUAAAACCUCGUGUUGCUGUAGUAAGAGAGGAAGGCAGUAAUGGCGAUAGAGAGAUGUCUGCUGCUCUGUUCAUGGCAGGAUUUGAGGUGUGGGAUGUCACAAUGCAGGACCUGUGUUCUGGCUCCACGACCCUUGAUCCUUUCCGAGCUGUGGUUUUCGUUGGUGGUUUUAGCUAUGCAGAUGUGCUUGGGUCAGCUAAAGGAUGGGCUGCCACGGUCACCUUUAACCCCAAGGCUCGAGAGGAGUUUGAGCGCUUCCGUAAUCGUGAUGACACGCUGAGCCUGGGUGUAUGUAACGGAUGUCAGCUUCUGGCUUUGAUGGGCUGGGUGGGUGAAGGAGAGGACGAAGGUGUGACUCUGACUCAUAACAAGUCGGGUCGGUUUGAGUCGAGGUUUGUGAGCGUAAGCAUCUUGCCCUCUCCAGCCAUCAUGCUGAAGGGAAUGGAGGGCUCUGCUCUGGGUGUGUGGGUCGCUCACGGAGAAGGUCUGAUGCAGUUUCGUACACCAAAGGCCCAGCAGAGACUCAUCAAUGCCUCUUUAGCUCCUCUGCGUUAUGUGGAUGAUUCAGGCGACCCCACUGAAGUCUAUCCUAUGAACCCCAAUGGUUCUGCACAUGGUGUGGCUGGCAUCUGCUCGGCAGAUGGGCGCCACCUGGCCAUGAUGCCCCAUCCUGAACGGGCCGUGCUAAGUUGGCAGUGGGCCUGGGCACCUCGGCACCUGAGGGGUUCACUGGAGCCCUCACCAUGGCUUAGUAUGUUCCGUAAUGCAGCAGCGUGGUGCCAGAGUGCAUAGAGAUGGGUGGGGGAAAAUUUGGUAUCGUACGGUUAUGGUCAUUUACACAAACUGGAAAGUACUUUCUGUACUUUCUAAAAGUGGGGGAAUCAAACAGCCAAGAAAUGAAGAGUUGUAACACGUAUUAUGGAUUGACCUAUAAAGAUCUUAGAUUACUUUUUAAUACAGCUAUAGUUUGUUGUAUUAAUGUACUUGGGUAGAAUUAAAGGAAUAGUCUACUCAUUUUCAAUAUUCAAUUAUGUUAUUACCUUAA